AUGGCGCCGCCGUCGACGCCGGACAAGUAUCCCUCGAAGAAAAUGUUCGACACGAUAGUCGACAUCAUCGUCGGCGAAGGCGCGAAUGCCAAGACCUUCAAACUCCACAAGGGCAUCCUCUCCUUCUACUCUGCCUACUUCGACAAGGCUCUCAACGGCGACUUCGAGGAAGCACGAAAAGGUGCUAUCAAGCUACCUACGGAAGAGGUGGACACAUUCUCAACCUUCGUCUUGUGGCUGUACCGCGGUACAGUCGAGAUCGACACUUCCAAGACUGAAACCUUCACCGACCUGGCCAAACUCUGGAUUUUUGCCGACCGCCGAGAAAUUCCGCUGUUGAUGAAUGUCUGCAUUGACACGUUCAGAAACGAGAUCAUCAGGGUUUGGAUGGUCCCCACCACUAGCCUUGACAUAAUCUACGAGAACACGGCACCAUCGUCUGGCUUGCGUCGUUUUGCGAUCCAUGCCAUUGGUAGCAUGUAUGUUCUAAAGAAGGAGCAGGGCAUGGAAUGGCCAAAGGAGGCCCUCUGCGAUUUACUGCACUUCAAGUGGGACUGGGACAAGAGCAUGAAUCUGAACAAGGAAGCCUAUGCGAAGGUCGACGUCUGUCAGUUCCACCACCACGAGGAGGGUAUGACCUGUACCAAGAAGAGGAAGCUGAGCGAGACAUGA